CCGAAAAGAAGAGAGAGAGGUCACCCAGUGGUAGCUUAUUCAGUUGGGGGCGGACAGGGCUCGCCGGAGAAUCGAAAGCAAGAUCGGCGAUUUCAGUGUCUGAGACGACAAUGAGGUACAAUUUUGACGACAACGAACCUGAUUCCGGCCACCAUCGAUCUCCGACUCCAAAACUAGACGCCGAUUGGGUCCCUCUACAAACGCACCCCGUUUUCACCGCCGCCGCCGCCGCCGAUUUUGGCGGCACCGUUUCUCCGCCUCUAAGAAACCUCCUUGCGUCGGACGGCGCCUCCCGGCUCUUUUUCUGGGACUGCACCAUACUCUGCGUUCACCGGAUUUCCAUACGCCUCGGUGAACCCGAACCCACCUCCGUCCUCGCCGCUUCUCCUUCCAAAGUACUGCAACCGGAUGUGAAACUCGACUUUGUUGUUCACAAGAUUUCUAUCAAUAAGAAUGGAUCAGCACUGGCCCUUGUGGGUCCAGGUGGUUUGUUCAUAAUGUAUCUCUAUGGCCACACUUCUUCCAGAGAGAACACGCUCAUCUGUAGAACUGUUAGAGUUGGUCCGCAGAUCUACUACGGUGGCCACGAUGUCAUACGCACGCUACAAGUUUCUUGGCACCCUUAUAGUGACUUCCAUCUGGGAGUCCUUUCUUCUGAUUCUGUUUUCAGGCUUUUUAAUCUGUCUUCAGAUAUUUUGCAACCAGAGCAAGAGUAUUACCUGCAGCCAGUGGAGCCUGGUCAAUCCAUAAAUGCCACAUCAAUCUGCCCUGUUGAUUUUUCGUUUGGGGGAGACCACUUGUGGGACAAAUUUAGUGUGUUUGUUUUAUUCAGCGAUGGUUCAAUUUACAUCCUCUGCCCUGUUAUUCCAUUUAAAAGCACUUACAAGUGGGAAUCUAUAUUGGAGAUUUAUAACGAUGCUCAGUCUUUUGGGCUAAAAUCAGCCAAUUCAAAAGCUAUCAGUAAUUCCAGUCUUCCAAUCUCUUGGUUGGAAGAAACUUUUCCAAAUUUAGUUCAAGCAACAGAUGGAGGAGGCAUGCCUGUGAUUAUGGCCCAUCCUUGUGCUUUAUUUGAUGCGUCACUUGCAUUGCAGGGGCCUUUGAGGAGAGCGUGCAAUAAUGGAGAUGAAGGAGAUACAUCAAUUAAAGGUGCAGAAUGUGAAGGCCGUGCAGUAAGUUUACUAUAUAAUCUAAUCAGCAAAGACUCAGUUCUAGUGACAGCGUGGAGUGGUGGGCAACUGCAGAUAGACGCCCUUGCUGAUGAAAUUCAGCCUGUCUGGAAUCUUGGUAGUCCCCCACGUGUACGUGUUGAUGCUGAUGACAACAUCCUUGGUCUUGCUAUGAUAUGUGAAUUGAUCACAGGGAAGCUCUCCAAGGUGAAGCUUGAUCAACCACUUGAUCAUACAGUUUGGUCGGGGCACCCUCCCCCUUUGUUGAGGCUGGCUAUUGUCGAUCUGGCCCUUCCGAAGAAAAUGGAGAGAGAUUCUCUUGUCACGAUGUUCGUCGAUAAACUCAUGGACGAAAGAAUUUAUGCUCUUCACAGUGGAGGCAUAGACUCGAUUAUACUGCAUUUUCUCCCAUUCACAAGUCAAAGCCGAGGACAGGACCAGACCAUGAGAACUCCCUCUGUGCACCCUGUACUGAAUACCUGCCAGGGAGACACUUCCGACCCAUUUCCGCUUUGUGGUUUUGCCUCAUUGUCCGAUUCAUUCGGAUAUUCCUGGAUUGUGGGAGUCACCAUUUCUCAAGAAUGCGUUGUUCUAGAGAUGAAGACUUGGAACCUUCAAGUCCCAAUUCAGGUUAACAAUUUCCUAAACGGUGGAAAAUCAGUCAUGACUGAAGAAAAAAAUGAAAGUGAGAGAUCUAAAAUCAUAAGCAAAGAUCUUCUCAGCGGACCUAAGGUGGUUCUCCUUCCUCAGUCCUCAUCAAAUAUGCGUUCCGUGACUGCUGAUUCCAUCGAAGGUCGGUCCAUGCUUCAUCAAUACUUCAAGCUCUUCCAUGAAAAUUAUGUGGAGUAUGCACAUACGGUGUACUACGGGCUAAAGCAUCAGGGGCCCAAGUUGAAGAGGUUAAUUGACGAUCAGCAUGCUCAUUUAAAAGAGGCACAGAAAAAGCUCUUAAAAGUAGAGGGGAAACAGCAAUUAUUGGAGGACAGGAUAGAACGUGCAAUCAAACUGCACAAUGAUCUGGAAGAGCGCUUACAUCGGUUGAAGAACUUGCCAGGAGCUCACAAAAGGCCAUUGUCCAAAGCAGAAAGAGAGUUCAAAUCUACACUUGACCACUUUGCGGGUGUUGAGUUGGAUGCUUUACAUACUUCGAUCGACACGCUAACUGCAAGACUAAGGAGGUACCCAAAUUCUUCUAAGAACAACAAUCUAGUAAACAACCAACAACAGAAAAUGUACAGGAGAAACACUUAUGUCCAAGGCUCUCAGAUCUCUCAACUCAAAUCAUCGCUCAAGAAACUCUCCCUCCUCAAUGCUGAGAACACUAAGAAGGUUAAGCUAGUUGAAUCUACGAUAAAAAGCAAGGAAAGGAACAGAUGCUGAAAUCUCUUCUAGUGCUUCUUUUAUUUGAAUAUGUGCAAUUGGACUGACAUUACUGUUGCCUAUUUCUGUAAAGAAGUCUGUCUCAACCACCAAAUAUUGCUGAAUCGACUCUGAAUUUUGAAGCCUGGAGAACAACUGACCAGAAGAUUUGUAAAUGUAGGUAGAGAAGACUGUUUUUGCUUUGGCUAGAACUAGAAAAUUGGUGCUCUUGGGGAGGGAGGGGGCUGAGAGAAGUGAUAAUUUUUGUAUUGGUAAUUCAUUGACUGUACUAUUGAGUAGCUGCAUAUUCUGUGUACUAAAA